AUGGCUCUGCACAAGAAAUCCGUUCCCUUCACCCUGUAUGAAGACGCCAAGGAAUUUUCAGCUGUAGGUGCUGGCAUCGGCUUUGCGCCAAAUGGCAUGCGAGCCAUGGAUCUGAUUGAGCCUGGAUUCCGUCCCUUGUAUGAGAGGAUAUGCGUGGGGAACAAAGGGGCUGACAAACAAGACAUCUUUUUUGAGGGCAUGCUUCUUAGUGAGGGUUUGGGCAAAGACCAAGCAUGGUAUGGCAAGUCGGCGUGGGGCCAUCCUGAUUUCGAGCGCAAGUCUGCGCAUCGCAAAGCGCUGCUUGACAUCAUGACCAGCUUCAUCCCACGACAAAAUGUGAAGUUCAACAAGCGCCUCGUCAACAUCGAACAGCUCUCAUCUAAACUUGUCCUCACCUUUGCCGAUGGAGAAGUCGCAGAAGCAAGCAUUCUUGCUGGCGCUGACGGCAUCAAGAGCACAGUCCGAGAGCAUGUCCUGAAGCCGCACUUUCCUGACCAAGUAGCGCCAGUCUACGCUGAUGCGUAUUGCUACCGUGCUGUCAUUCCAAUGGCUGAUGCCGAAGGUAUUCUAGGAGAUUUGACGGACGUAGCCAGAUUUUACUUUGGCCAUAAGCGCUGCGCAGUGACGUACCGUAUAUCAGAGGGAAAGGAGUUCAACUACCUUUUGUGUGUCACAGAUGACCAAGGCUGGGACCUGGAAAAAGCUGUGACAGAGAAGGUCUCACAUGAAGCCAUGAUGGCCGAUUUCGAAGGACCAGGCGUCGACGACCGCUUCCGCAAACUUUUGGCCAAGACAAAUCCAAUCCGAUGGGGCUUCUUCCACCACUUGAAGACUUCGACAUAUUACCGAGGCCGUGUGGCUCUUCUAGGUGAUAGCGCACAUGCGUCAUUGCCAUUUCAGGCAGCGGGCGCUGCUCAAGGCGUCGAGGACGCUCUGGUCCUUUCGAAUAUAUUGUCAGAGAUUGCCAAGUCAUCGGGACCAGAUGCAAAUAGCGAAGCGAACAUCGUUACUGGUCUCAGCGCGUACGACGCAGUACGAAGGCCGCGCGCCCAGAAGCAAUUGGAGCAAUCAGCUGAGGUUGCUCGUAUGCUUUUCUUCCAACACGAAGAAGCAGGGGACGAUAUGAGCAAGAUCUUGCCUCGCCUUCAGCAAGGUCGAUUUGACUGGCUCUGGUUCCACGACGUGCAGGGUGACGCACCUGAAUUCAUUGCCGGCAUCGUACUCCAACCUAAGCCACCACUCGCUAUUCUCGGUCAAUCCACGGCCCUCUACAAUAUGUCAGACACUCCAGUGCCCUCUCGUCUGACGCAGCUACCACUAGGCGACGAGGCGCCACGCUACAGCACGUCCGAACUACACUCCUACUUCCAGCGCAUCCGUCUCCCCCAGAAAUAUCUGAACACGCCCAUACUAUCAGACAAAACACUAGCCACAACCAAACAGCACGGCCUCCCAUUCCUGCAAGCUCUAACCCGACACCACACCAGCCACAUCCCCUUCGAGAACCUCGAGCUCCACUACUCCCCCCACAAAACCAUCACACUCAACCCACAAGCCCUAUACACCAAGAUAGUAACCCAGCGCCGCGGCGGCCGCUGCAUGGAAAACAACACCUUCUUCGCCACCGUUCUGCGCUCCCUCGGGUUUCAUGUGCGCAACUGCGGCGGCCGCGUGUCGCGGGCCAUGAGCCCUUUUCCAGAUGUCCGUCGGCAGCAAGCGGCUACAUACGACGGCUGGAACCAUAUGCUGAAUCUAGUGCGAUUCGAUGAUGAGGGCUGGUACGUCGCCGACGUUGGCAUGGGGGCCAUGGGACCCAAUCUGGCGUAUCCACUGCAAGACGGAUUCGAAACGACGAGUAUAGCUCCAAGGCUCAUACGCGUCCAGCGGCGCGCUAUUGCGGAGUCGUAUGGGGAUCACUCGAAUGAGAUGUGGUGUUACGACGUUUGCUAUAACCCGAGCGACGAGGGUGACGACAAGUGGACGCCGGUUUAUUGCUUUACGGAGACGGAGUUCCUUCCUCAGGAUUACGAGAUCAUGUCGUGGUUCACAUCUACGAAUCCGACAUCCUUCUUCACCAAAUAUGUCACCAGUACCAAAAUGCUCAUGGACGAUACCAGAGAGACGAUUGUUGGGAGUGUAACGCUUUUUGAAGGCGGCAUCAAACAGAGCAUUGGCCUUGACCGCAAGAUCGUACAAGACUGUGCAACAGAGGAGGAGCGCAUCGCCGCUUUGAAGGAAAUCUUCGACAUAGACCUGACGGAAGACGAGAGAAGGGGAAUUCCGCUAGAACUUCAACUGGGUUAG